AUGGAGCAAAAUCUGCCAAUCAUAGCUAAAAAAUUCUGGAAAAUCGUCCGAGUUCUCUACUUCAUGCUGCGAAAAGGCAUCUCCAAAGCGAAGCUCCUCGCCGAUCUCAGCCUGAUGAUGAAGCGCGGCAAAAUCGCCGGAAAAGCGGCCAUACAAAACCUAAUUUUCCACCACACCGCGGCCGCGGCGGCGCGGCCGAUUAAGGAGUACGAGUUCAGUUGCGGCACCAGCCCCGCCUUCAAUUUCCCCUCCUUCAAGCGGGGAAAGCGGGCCGCGCCCGCGCCGAUCGAUGCGGAGCUGCUGGCGGCGGCGCUGGAGAUGAUGAACGGCACCGCGGCGUCGCCGGCGCUGCCGGGGUUCGGACCGAGCCCGAUGGUGCGGCAGCUGCGGAUCACGGACUCGCCGUUCCCGCUGUGUAAUGCGGAGGAUAAUCACGUGGAUGAGGAGGCGGAGAGGUUUAUUAUGAAGUUUUACAGCGAUUUGAAGCGACAGAGCUGCAAAUCGCCGCUUUCGUAUUGA